UCCGUUUAUCCACGGGCAACCAUGGCUGAAGGAGGAGAAGGCGAGGAUGAAAUCCAGUUCUUACGAACUGAUGACGAGGUGGUGCUCCAGUGUUCGGCCACGGUCCACAAGGAGCAGCAGAAGCUGUGUCUGGCCGCCGAGGGCUUUGGAAACAGACUGUGCUUCCUGGAGUCCACCUCCAACUCAAAGAAUGUGCCUCCAGACUUGUCCAUCUGCACCUUUGUGCUGGAGCAGUCCCUCUCUGUCAGAGCUCUACAGGAGAUGCUGGCUAACACCGAGGAGAAGGCCGAAGGGAAAUUUAUGAUGAAGACAGCCCAAGGAGGAGGCCAUCGUACCUUACUGUAUGGACACGCUGUCCUGCUACGACACUCCUACAGUGGAAUGUACCUGUGUUGUCUGUCCACCUCACGGUCCUCUACAGACAAACUGGCCUUCGAUGUGGGCCUACAAGAAGACACUACAGGUGAGGCGUGUUGGUGGACCAUCCACCCUGCGUCCAAGCAGAGGUCAGAGGGGGAGAAGGUUCGUGUGGGCGAUGACCUCAUCCUGGUCAGUGUGUCGUCAGAACGCUACCUGCACCUUUCCUAUGGUAACGGGAGCCUCCAUGUGGACGCAGCCUUCCAGCAGACCCUCUGGAGUGUAGCCCCCAUCUGCUCUGGCAGCGAGGUGGCACAAGGGUUUCUGAUUGGUGGAGAUGUGCUCCGUCUGCUGCACGGUCACAUGGACGAGUGUCUGACCGUCCCGUCGGGGGAACAUGGAGAGGAGCAGCGCAGGACAGUGCACUAUGAGGGUGGAGCUGUAUCCAUUCAUGCUCGCUCACUCUGGAGGCUGGAGACACUACGGGUGGCAUGGAGCGGGAGUCACACGCGCUGGGGCCAACCCUUCAGGCUGAGACACGUGACGACGGGGAAGUACCUGAGCCUGCUGGAGGACCGGAACCUGCUUCUCAUGGACAAGGAGAAGGCUGACGUCAAGUCUACUGCCUUUUGCUUCAGGUCAUCCAAGGAGAAGCUGGACUUUGCCCUGAAGAAAGAAGUGGAUGGCAUGGGGGUUCCUGAUAUCAAGUAUGGAGACUCGGUGUGCUACGUCCAGCACGUGGACACCUGUCUCUGGCUCACCUACCAGACUGUGGAUGCCAAGUGUGCCCGCAUGGGAGGCGUGCAGAGGAAGGCCAUCAUGCACCAUGAGGGUCACAUGGACGACGGGCUGACCCUCUCCCGCUCCCAGCAUGAGGAGUCUCGCACCGCCCGCGUCAUACGCAGCACCGUCUUCCUGUUUAACCGCUUCAUUCGGGGAUUGGACACACUUAGUAAAAAAGGGAAGACAUCAACACUGGAUCUGCCAAUCGAAUCAGUCAGUCUGAGUCUGCAGGAUCUUAUUGGUUACUUCCAGCCCCCUGACGAGCACCUGGAACACGAGGACAAACAGAACCGCCUGCGAGCGCUGAAGAACCGACAGAACCUCUUCCAGGAAGAGGGAAUGAUCAACCUGGUGCUGGAGUGUAUCGACCGCCUGCACAUCUACAGCAGCGCUGCCCAUUUUGCUGAGGUGGCGGGCCGGGAGGCCGGCGAAGCCUGGAAGUCCAUCCUAAACUCAUUAUAUGAGCUGCUGGCUGCCUUGAUAAGAGGAAACAGGAAGAACUGUGCCCAGUUUUCCGGCUCUCUGGAUUGGCUGAUUAGCAGACUGGAGCGACUGGAGGCCUCUUCCGGGAUUCUGGAGGUUCUUCACUGUGUGCUGGUGGAGAGUCCUGAAGCCCUGAAUAUCAUCAAGGAGGGACACAUCAAGUCUAUCAUCUCCCUCCUGGACAAACAUGGACGCAACCACAAGGUGCUGGACGUGCUCUGCUCUCUGUGUGUGUGCCAUGGCGUGGCGGUGCGCUCCAACCAGCACCUGAUCUGUGACAACCUGCUCCCUGGACGAGACCUGCUACUGCAGACACGCCUGGUCAACCAUGUUAGCAGCAUGAGGCCCAACAUCUUCCUGGGGGUGAGUGAAGGCUCCGCCCAGUACAGGAAGUGGUACUAUGAACUCAUCGUGGACCAGGUGUUGUCGUUUGUGACAGCGGAGGCCACACACCUGCGAGUGGGCUGGGCCACCACUGAGGGCUAUGCCCCGUACCCAGGGGGCGGGGAGGGCUGGGGCGGCAACGGUGUGGGGGACGACCUCUACUCCUACGGCUUCGACGGCCUGCACCUCUGGUCAGGCUGCAUAGCACGGACAGUCAGCUCGCCCAAUCAGCAUCUGCUGAAGGUGGAGGACGUGGUGAGCUGCUGCCUGGAUCUGAGCGUGCCCAGUAUCUCCUUCCGGAUCAACGGCCAGCCAGUCCAGGGCAUGUUCGAGAACUUCAACUCUGAUGGCCUUUUCUUCCCCGUGGCCAGCUUCUCGGCUGGGGUCAAGGUGCGUUUCCUGUUGGGCGGUCGCCAUGGAGAGUUCAAGUUCCUGCCUCCUCCGGGCUACGCGCCGUGCUUUGAGGCGGUGCUCCCUAGAGAGAAGCUGAGGGUGGAGCACAGCCAGGAGUACAAGCAGGACCAUGCUGGCACCAGGGAUCUCCUGGGGCCUACCGUCACCCUGUCCCAGGCUGCCUUCACCCCCACACCUGUAGACACCAGCCAGAUUGUGUUGCCUCCCCACCUGGAAAGGAUCAGAGAGAAGCUGGCUGAGAACAUCCAUGAACUGUGGGUCAUGAACAAGAUUGAACUAGGCUGGACCUAUGGAGCUGUGCGAGAUGACAAUAAGCGGCAGCACCCAUGUCUGGUGGAGUUCUCCAAGCUGCCCGAGCAGGAGAGGAGCUACAACCUGCAGAUGUCCUUAGAGACACUCAAGACUCUCCUGGCUCUGGGUUGCCACGUUGGCCUGGCUGAUGAACAUGCUGUUGAGAAGGUCAAUAACCUCAAACUGUCCCCUACCUACGAGCUGUCCAGUGGCUACAAGCCGGCGCCCAUGGACCUGAGCCACAUCAAGCUGGCCUCCACCCAGGAGGCCAUGGUGGACAAGCUGGCGGAGAACGCCCACAACGUCUGGGCUAGGGACCGCAUCCGCCAGGGCUGGACCUACGGCAUCCAACAGGAUGUGAAGAACCGGAGGAACCCCCGUCUGGUUCCCUAUGCUCUGCUGGACGAGAGAACCAAGAAGUCCAACAAGGAUAGUCUGAGAGAGGCCGUACGUACUCUGCUGGGCUACGGGUACAAUCUGGAGGCCCCUGACCAGGACCAUGCAGCCAGAGCAGACUUGAGCAACAUGUCCGCCGAGCGUUUCCGUAUCUUCCGUGCGGAGAAACCCUACAGUGUGAAUGCCGGGAGGUGGUACUUUGAGUUUGAGGUGGUGACGUCAGGGGAGAUGAGGGUGGGCUGGGCACGGCCUGGCUGUCUGCCCGACCAGGAACUGGGCUCCGACGAGCACGCCUUCGUAUUCGACGGCUUCAAGGCCCAGCGGUGGCACCAGGGGAAUGAGCACUUUGGGCGGUCAUGGCAGUCAGGUGACGUGGUGGGCUGCAUGGUGGACAUGAACGAACAGACCAUGAUGUUCACCCACAACGGAGAGGUCUUACUAGAUGACUCAGGGUCUGAACUGGCCUUCAAGGACUUUGAAGUCUGGGAAGGGUUCAUCCCAGUGUGCAGUCUGGGUGUGUGUCAGGUGGGCCGCAUGAACUUUGGCAAGGAUGUGAGCACGCUCAAGUACUUCACCAUCUGCGGCCUGCAGGAGGGCUACGAACCGUUUGCCGUCAACAUGAACCGGGAUCUGACCAUGUGGCUCAGCAAGAGGCUGCCUCAGUUCAUACCCGUACCGCACAACCACGAACACAUCGAGGUCACACGGAUCGACGGCACCGUGGAGAUCCCGCCGUGCCUCAAGGUCACCCAGAGGUCGUUCGGCUCCCAGAACAGCAACACAGACAUUGUGUUCUACCGCCUCAGCAUGCCUAUCGAGUGCUCCGAGGCCUUCGCCAAGUCCCCCGGUGGGACACUGCCAGCCAACGGAGGCCUCUUCUCUCCCAAGAAGGAGCUGGAGGACUUUGAGACGGUGUCCGACUUUGAGGUCCUGAUGAAGUCAGCCCAUGGUCACAUGGGCUCCAACGGGCCGGAGAAGGACGAGUUCAACAAUCACAAAGACUAUGCCCAGGAGAAGCCCUCCAAGCUGAAACAGAGGUUCAUGCUGAAGAGGACCAAGCCAGACAACAGCAGCACCUCCUCCACCCGCCUGUCUGAGGAGGUGCUGGCUGACGACAGAGACGACUAUGAGUACCUCAUGCAGACUUCCACUUACUACUACUCGGUGCGCAUCUUUCCGGGCCAGGAGCCGUCCAGUGUGUGGGUCGGCUGGGUCACUUCGGACUUCCACCAGCACGACACGGCUUUUGAGCUGGACAAGGUCCGCACUGUUACCGUUACCCUGGGAGACGAGAAGGGCAAAGUUCACGAGAGUAUAAAGCGCAGUAACUGCUACAUGGUGUGGGCAGGGGAGAGCACCAGUCCAGGGCAGGGCAGGAACAACAAUGGGCUUGAGAUCGGUUGUGUGGUGGACUCUGCCAACGGACUGCUCUCCUUCACUGCCAAUGGCAAGGAGCUCGGUACCUACUACCAGGUGGAGCCCAGUACCAAGCUGUUUCCUGCUGUGUUCGCUCAGGCCACCAGCCCUAACAUCUUUCAGUUUGAACUGGGGCGCAUGAAGAACGUGAUGCCCUUGUCGGCGGGGCUGUUCAAGAGUGAGAGGAAGAAUGCCACCCCCCAGUGCCCCCCCAGGCUCCACAUCCAGUUCCUGACUCCCGUCCUGUGGAGCCGCGUCCCCAACCACUUCCUGAAGGUGGAGGUGUCGCGCGUCAACGACCGCCACGGCUGGCUGGUGCAAUGUUCAGAACCGCUCCAGUUCAUGUCCCUGCACAUCCCUGAGGAGAACAGGUCGGUGGACAUCUUGGAGCUGACGGAGCAGAAGGAGCUGCUGAAGUUCCACUACCACACCCUGCGUCUCUACUCGGCCGUGUGCGCCCUGGGCAACAACCGCGUGGCCCACGCCCUCUGCAGCCACGUGGACGAGGCCCAGCUCCUGUACGCCAUCGACAACAAGUACAUGCCCGGCCUGCUGCGGACGGGCUACUACGACCUCCUCAUAGACAUCCACCUCAGCACCUACGCCACGGCCCGACUCAUGAUGAACAACGAGUACAUCGUGCCCAUGACGGACGAGACCAAGAGCAUCACGCUGUUCCCGGACGAGAAGAAGAAGCACGGCCUCCCUGGGAUCGGCCUCAGCACCUCGCUGCGGCCCAGGAUGCACUUCUCCUCGCCGAGCUUCCUGUGCGGGGCGGGGGGCUCGGGAGCGGGCGGGGGCGGGGACUGUUUCCAGAACAGCCCCGAGUUUCCGUUGGACAUCCUGAAGACGAAGACGAUCGAGAUGCUGACGGAGGCGGUGAGGGAGGGCAGCCUACACGUCAGGGACCCCAUAGGGGGCAGCACUGAGUUCCUGUUUGUCCCUCUCAUUAAACUGUUCUACACGCUCCUCAUCAUGGGCGUAUUCCACAACGGGGACCUGAAGAACAUCCUGCAGCUGAUAGAACCCAGCGUGUUCUCCGAAGGGGGUGACGGGCCCACGGAGAAGCCUGAGAAGGAGGGCAGUAAGGUGGAGGCGCGGGGGGAGGGGGCCGGGGGGGAGGAUGGGGGGAUCAAGGUCCCCAAGGAGGGCCUUCUGCAGAUGAAGCUACCAGAGCCUGUAAAACUCCAGAUGUGCCACCUGCUCCAGUAUCUGUGUGACUGUCAGGUGAGACAUCGCAUCGAGGCGGUGGUGGCAUUCUCUGACGACUUCGUGGCCCAUCUCCAGGACAACCAGCGUUUCCGCUACAACGAGGUCAUGCAGGCUCUCAACAUGUCUGCUGCCCUGACCGCCCGCAAGACCAAAGAGUUCAGAUCCCCCCCACAGGAACAGAUCAACAUGCUGCUGAACUUCAAGGAAGAGAAGCAGGAAUGUCCAUGUCCAGAAGACAUCAGAGAACAGCUACUGGACUUCCAUGAAGACCUCAUGAUUCACUGUGGUAUAGAGAUGGACGAUGACCGGGCAAGCGAGGGCGACAGCGACUUCACCAUCCGGGGCCGACUGAUCUCCCUCGUGGAGAAGGUGGCCUACUUGAGGAGGAAAAUGACUGACCUGCCCAAGAAAAAACAAGCCAAGAAGCCCAGUACCCUCCAGCAGCUCAUCUCAGAGACCAUGGUGCGCUGGGCGCAGGAGUCUGUCAUCGAGGACCCAGAGCUGGUCAGAGCCAUGUUUGUCCUGCUGCACCGCCAGUACGAUGGCAUCGGUGGCCAGGUGAGGGCGCUGCCCAAGACCUACACCAUCAACUCAGUGUCAGUGGAGGACACCAUCAACCUGCUGGCGUCUCUGGGCCAGAUCAGGUCUCUGCUGUCUGUCCGCAUGGGCCGAGAGGAGGAGAAGCUCAUGAUCAGAGGCCUGGGUGACAUCAUGAACAACAAGGUGUUCUACCAGCACCCUAACCUGAUGAGGGCCCUAGGAAUGCACGAGACGGUCAUGGAGGUCAUGGUCAAUGUGCUCAGUGGGGGAGAGUCCAAGGAAAUCACAUUUCCUAAGAUGGUGGCCAACUGCUGUCGUUUUCUUUGCUACUUCUGUCGCAUCAGUAGACAAAACCAAAAAGCCAUGUUCGACCACCUCAGUUACCUGCUGGAAAACAGCAGCGUCGGCCUCGCCUCCCCCUCCAUGCGAGGUUCGACCCCCCUGGAUGUAGCUGCGGCAUCAGUGAUGGAUAACAAUGAGCUGGCUCUGGCCCUCAGGGAGCCUGACCUGGAGAAGGUGGUUCAGUACCUCGCAGGGUGUGGACUGCAGAGCUGUGUCAUGCUGGUUUCCAAGGGCUACCCUGACAUCGGCUGGAACCCUGUGGAGGGUGAACGCUACCUGGACUUCCUGCGCUUCGCUGUCUUCUGCAACGGUGAGAGCGUGGAGGAGAACGCCAACGUGGUAGUGAGGCUGCUGAUUCGCCGGCCAGAGUGUUUUGGCCCCGCGCUACGUGGUGAGGGCGGCAACGGUCUACUGGCGGCCAUGAUGGAAGCCAUCAAGAUAUCGGAGGAUCCCAGUCGAGAUGGACCCUCCCCCACUUCAGAAGCCAGCAGGACACUCAGCGACAUGUUGGAGGAUGAGGAGGAUGACACCAUCCAUACCGGCAACGCCAUAAUGACCUUCUAUGCUGCUCUCAUUGACCUGCUGGGACGCUGUGCUCCGGAGAUGCAUUUGAUCCACGCAGGGAAGGGCGAGGCCAUCCGUAUCCGAGCCAUCCUGCGUUCCCUCAUCCCCAUCGAGGACCUGGAGGGGGUGAUCAGUAUCCCUUUCCCCAUGCCCACCCUCGCCAAAGACGGAUCGGUGGUGGAGCCAGACAUGUCGGCAGGGUUCUGUCCAGACCAUAAGGCAGCCAUGGUUCUGUUCCUGGACCGGGUCUAUGGUAUUGAGGAUCAGAACUUCCUGCUCCACCUUCUGGAGGUGGGCUUCCUGCCAGACCUGAGAGCUGCAGCUUCACUGGACACGGCGGCCCUCAGUGCCACAGACAUGGCCCUGGCCCUCAACAGGUACCUGUGCACGGCCGUGCUCCCCCUCCUCACCAAGUGUGCCCCGCUGUUCGCGGGGACGGAGCCCUUCGCCUCGCUCAUCGACUCCCUCCUCCACACCGUGUACCGGCUGUCUAAAGGCUGCUGCCUCACCAAGGCCCAGAGGGACGCCAUCGAGGAGUGUCUGCUCGCCGUCUGCGGUAAACUAAGGCCGUCGAUGAUGCAGCACCUGCUCAGGCGCCUGGUGUUUGAUGUUCCUCUCCUCAACGAGCACACCAAGAUGCCUCUCAAGCUGCUGACCAAUCACUAUGAGCGUUGUUGGAAGUACUACUGUCUGACGGGGGGGUGGGGCAGCUUCGGAGCCUCGUCAGACGAGGAGCUCCACCUCUCCAGGAAGCUGUUCUGGGGAAUCUUUGACGCCCUUUCACGCAAGAGGUACGACCAGGAGCUGUUCAAGCUGGCCCUGCCCUGUCUAAGUGCUGUUGCUGGGGCGUUGCCCCCUGACUACAUGGAGUCUACCUAUGUGGCCAUGAUGGAGAAGCAGUCGUCCAUGGACACGGAGGGCAACUUCAACCCUCAACCAGCAGACACCGCUAAUGUGAACGUCCCCGAAAAACUAGACUAUUUCAUCAACAAAUACGCCGAACACUCCCAUGAGAAGUGGUCCAUGGACAAGUUUGCCAUCGGAUGGGUGCAUGGAGAGCUGCAGUGUGAGGCGUCCAAGAGCCACCCUCUCCUCAAGCCCUUCAAAGGCCUGUCCGAGAAGGAUAAGGAAGUGUACCGCUGGCCCAUCAAGGAGUCUCUAAAGACCAUGCUAGCCUGGGGCUGGAGCAUAGAGAGGACCAGGGAGGGUGACCCUGCCAGCCUGCACAACAGGUCCCGACGCAUCUCACAGGCCAGUCAGUUGUCGACAGAAGGAGCACCUGGCUUUAUCCCUAGACCCAUUGAUAUGAGCAACGUGACUCUGUCUCGAGACCUACACUCGAUGGCGGAACUGCUUGCAGAGAAUUACCACAAUAUUUGGGCCAAAAAGAAGAAAUUUGAGCUAGAAGCUAAAGGUGGAGGAAGCCAUCCUCUGCUGGUGCCCUAUGACACGCUCACUGCCAAAGAGAAAUCCAAAGACAGAGAAAAAGCACAAGAGAUCCUCAAAUUCCUGCAAAUCAAUGGAUACAGUGUAUCGAGGUGUGUAAAGGAGCAGGAGUUGGACACCCCUUCUAUAGAGAAGCGUUUUGCCUACACCUUCCUCCAACAGCUCAUCACCUAUGUAGACCAAGCUCACGAGCACAUGCUGGAGUUUGAUGUUGGAACACGACCUAAAGGAGAGAAGGUUCCCCACGAACAGCAGAUCAAGUUUUUUGGAAAGGUUGUCCUGCCAUUGGUCGACCAGUACUUCAAGAACCACCGCCUCUACUUCCUGUCCACAGCCAUCCGACCAAUCAGCAGUGGGGGCCACGCCUCCAAUAAAGAGAAGGAGAUGGUGACCAGUCUGUUCUGCAAACUGGGAGUUCUUGUCAGACAUAGGAUAUCCUUGUUUGGAAAUGAUGCCAUCUCCAUUGUCAACUGUCUUCACAUACUGGGACAAACCCUGGAUGCCAGGACGGUGAUAAAGACGGGUCUGGAAACGGUGAAGGCGGCCCUGAGGGCGUUCUUUGACAACGCUGCCGAGGACCUGGAGAAGACCCUGGAGAACCUGCGUCAGGGCCAGUUCACACACACACGCAGCCAGCCCCGUGGCGUCACACAGAUCAUCAACUACACCACCUUCGCCCUGCUGCCCGUCCUCUCCUCCCUCUUCGAACACAUUGGCCAGAACCUGUUCGGAGAAGACCUCAUACUGGAUGACAUCCAGGUGUCGUGCUACCGCAUCCUAAACAGCCUGUACUCUCUGGGCACCAACAAGAGUAUCUACGUGGAGAGACAGCGUCCGGCGAUGGGGGAGUGUCUGGCUGCGUUCUCUGCAGCUUUCCCUGUGGCCUUCCUGGAGCCUCACCUCAACAAGUUCAACAGCUACUCCAUCUACAACACCAAGGGGGCCAGAGACAGGACUGCCCUCGGGCUCCCCUCCCAGGUUGAGGAGGCCUGUCCAGCCAUCCCCUCCCUGGAGAAGUCCCUGGAGGAGAUCAUGAACCUGGCCGAGUCUGGGAUGCGCUACACCCACAUGCCCCACGUCAUGGAGGUGGUCCUGCCCAUGCUGUGCAGCUACAUGUCUCACUGGUGGGAGCACGGACCGGAGAACCACCCGGUGGAACGGGCCGACAGUUGCUGCACGUUGCUCACCUCCGACCACAUGAACACCCUGCUGGGGAACAUCCUGAAGAUCAUCUACAACAACCUGGGAAUUGACGAGGGCGCCUGGAUGAAACGACUGGCUGUUUUCUCCCAGCCAAUCAUCAGCAAGGCCAAUGCCCAGCUGUUGAAUACCCAUUUUCUGCCUCUGAUGGAGAAGCUAAAGAAGAAGGCUGCCACCGUCCUAUUGGACGAGGAGCACAUGAAGGCUGAGGGGCGGGGGGAGAUGUCAGAGGCGGAGCUUCUGAUCCUGGAUGAGUUCACCAUCUUGAUCAGAGACCUUUACGCCUUCUACCCUCUCCUGAUACGAUUCGUCGACUACAACAGAGCCAAGUGGCUGAAAGAGCCGAAUGCUGAGGCGGAGGAGCUGUUCCGUAUGGUGGCGGAGGUCUUCAUCUUCUGGGCCAAAUCUCAUAACUUCAAACGAGAGGAGCAAAACUUUGUGGUGCAGAACGAGAUCAACAACAUGUCCUUCCUCAUUACUGACACCAAGUCUAAGAUGGCCAAGGGUGCUGUGUCAGACCAGGAGAGGAAGAAGAUGAAGAGGAAGGGAGACCGCUACUCCAUGCAGACCAGCCUGAUCGUGGCCACCCUCAAACGCCUGCUUCCUGUGGGCCUUAACAUCUGUGCCCCGGGUGACCAGGAGCUGAUUGCCCUCGCCAAGAACCGCUUCACUCAGAAAGACACAGAGGACGAGGUACGGGAGAUCAUCAGGAACAACCUGCAUCUACAGGGCAAGCUGGAGGAUCCAGCGAUCCGCUGGCAGAUGGCCCUUUACAGGGAUCUGCCCAACAGGAGCGAAGACACAUCUGACCCAGAGAAGACUGUGGAGAGAGUUCUGGACAUCGCACAUGUCCUUUUCCAUCUGGACCAGGUGGAACAUCCGCAGAGGAGCAAGAAGGCUGUGUGGCACAAACUGCUGUCCAAACAGAGGAAGAGAGCCGUGGUGGCCUGCUUCAGGAUGGCCCCUCUCUAUAACUUACCCAGGCACCGGGCAGUGAACCUGUUCCUGCAGGGCUAUGAGAAGUCAUGGAUAGAGGCUGAGGAGCACUACUUUGAAGAUAAGCUCAUAGAAGACUUAGCUAAACCUGGUGAGGAAGAGCCACCAGAGGAGGAGGAAGGCUUGAAAAGGAUCGACCCGCUGCACCAGCUCAUCCAGCUGUUCAGCAGAACCGCCCUCACAGAGAAAUGUAAACUGGAAGAAGACAUCCUCUACAUGGCCUAUGCUGACAUUAUGGCGAAGAGUUGCCAUGACGAAGAGGAUGAAGAUGGAGAGGAGGUGAAGAGUUUUGAAGAGAAGGAGAUGGAGAAGCAGAAGCUGCUUUACCAGCAGGCCCGGCUGCAUGACCGCGGGGCUGCAGAGAUGGUGCUGCAGACCAUCAGCGCCAGCAAAGGUGAAAUGGGACCCAUGGUGGCCUCCACCCUGAAGCUGGGCAUAGCUGUCCUCAAUGGAGGAAACUCCACUGUCCAACAGAAAAUGUUGGACUAUCUGAAAGACAAGAAGGAUGUUGGCUUCUUCCAGGGUCUGGCAGGUCUGAUGCAGUCAUGCAGUGUUCUGGACCUGAAUGCGUUUGAGAGACAGAACAAGGCUGAAGGACUGGGCAUGGUGACAGAAGAGGGAUCAGUCAUCACUCAUGAACGUGGAGAGAAGGUGAUGCAGGAUGAUGAGUUCACCUGCGAUCUGUUCCGCUUCCUCCAGCUCCUAUGUGAAGGACAUAAUUCAGACUUCCAGAACUAUCUGAGGACUCAGACAGGAAACAACACCACAGUCAACAUCAUCAUCUCUACUGUGGAUUACUUGCUUAGGGUCCAGGAGUCAAUCAGUGAUUUCUAUUGGUACUAUUCUGGGAAGGAUGUCAUUGACGAGCAAGGGCAGCGUAACUUUUCCAAGGCGAUCAAUGUGGCGAAGCAGGUCUUCAAUACCCUGACUGAGUACAUCCAGGGCCCGUGUACAGGGAACCAACAAAGUCUAGCUCACAGCAGACUGUGGGACGCAGUCGUUGGUUUCCUCCAUGUCUUCGCCCACAUGCAGAUGAAACUGUCACAGGACUCCAGUCAGAUAGAGCUGCUGAAGGAACUGAUGGAUCUUCAGAAGGACAUGGUGGUGAUGCUGCUGUCAAUGCUGGAAGGGAACGUGGUCAACGGCACCAUCGGCAAGCAGAUGGUGGACAUGCUGGUGGAGUCCUCCAACAACGUGGAGAUGAUCCUCAAGUUCUUUGACAUGUUCCUCAAGCUGAAAGACCUCACCUCCUCCGAUGCCUUCAAGGAGUACGACCCCGACGGCAAGGGGGUGAUCUCCAAGCGGGACUUCCACAAGGCCAUGGAGAGCCACAAGCACUACACCCAGUCUGAGACCGAGUUCCUGCUCUCCUGCGCCGAGCCCGACGAGAACGAGCUCCUGGACUACGAGGAGUUUGUGGAGCGUUUCCACGAGCCUGCCAAGGACAUCGGCUUCAACGUGGCCGUGCUGCUGACCAACCUGUCGGAGCACAUGCCCCAUGACACGCGCCUGCAGACUUUCCUGGAGCUGGCAGAGUCCGUACUCAACUACUUCCAGCCAUACCUGGGGCGCAUCGAGAUCAUGGGCAGUGCCAAGCGCAUCGAGAGGGUCUACUUUGAGAUCUCAGAGUCCAGUAGGACCCAGUGGGAGAAGCCCCAGGUGAAAGAGUCCAAGAGACAGUUCAUCUUUGACGUCGUAAACGAGGGAGGUGAGAAGGAGAAGAUGGAGCUCUUUGUGAACUUCUGUGAGGACACCAUCUUCGAGAUGCAGUUGGCGGCUCAGAUGUCGGACGCAGGCGAGCGCUCAGCCAGUAAGGAGGAGAACGAGAAGGAGAAACCAGAAGAGGAGAACCCAGAGAUGGGCUUCUUCUCUGUUACCACGGUGAAGACGGCGCUCAUGGCCCUCCGAUACAACAUCAUGCUUCUCAUGAAGGUUCUCUCUAUGAAGAGCCUGAAGAAGCAGGUGAAGAGGAUGAAGAAGAUGACAGUGAAGGACAUGGUGACCACGCUCGUGGGUUUCUACUGGAGCUUGCUGCUGGGCUUGCUCCACUGUGCCUUCUCUGUGGCCCGAGGGUUCUUCAGGAUCAUACACAACACCUUCCUGGGAGGGAGCCUAGUAGAAGGGGCCAAAACCAUCAAGGUGUCUGAACUCCUUGCCAACAUGCCGGACCCCACCCAGGACGAUGUGAGGGGAGAGGGGGAAGAGGAGGGUGGAGAGAGACGGCCAAUGGACCGGGCCUCUGCUGAGAAGGACCUGGCUGAUCUGGCGGUGAACACGGACGAGACGGAGCUACUCUCUGACAUCUUUGGUCUGGACCUGAGAAGGGAGGGGGGGCAGUAUAAGAUCACCCCCCACAACCCCAACGCCAGCCUGACAGAUCUGCUCAACUCCCCUGUGCCCCCUGUCCCCACCCCCUCCCCUGAGCUGAGGAGGAGACACACGGCCAAGACCCAAUCCUCCUCCUCCGAGGAAGACAAAGUGGGCACGGAGGAGAGCAAAUGUGAGCCAGAGAAAGCAGAGGGCGAGGAUGGAGAGAAGCAGGAGAAACAGAAGGAAGAGAAGCCCAAGCACAAGGUCCGGCAGCACCACACAUCCAAAUCAGAUGAACCUGACCUUCAGGAGUCUGCCUUCUGGAAAAAGAUUAUCGCCUACCAAAGGAAACUGCUGAACUAUUUUGCAAGGAACUUCUACAACAUGAGAAUGCUGGCUCUGUUUGUUGCCUUUGCCAUCAACUUCAUCCUCCUCUUUUACAAGGUGUCCACAUCCUCAGCAGUGGUGGAGGAGAGGGAGGUGGUGUACACCAGCAGCCAGUCAGAUCCCAGCGUCCAGUGGGACCCCCUCACAGAGGGUGGGGAGCCCCAGAGGCCAGUGACGGUCCACUUUGUACUGGAGGAGAGCAGCGGCUACAUGGAGCCCACCCUGCGCAUCCUGGCCAUCCUGCACACCGUCAUCUCCUUCUUCUGCAUCAUUGGCUACUACUGUCUGAAGGUCCCGCUGGUGAUCUUCAAGCGUGAGAAGGAGGUGGCCAGGAAGCUGGAGUUUGACGGCCUAUACAUCACAGAGCAGCCUUCUGAGGACGACAUCAAGGGCCAGUGGGACCGCCUGGUCAUCAACACUCAAUCUUUUCCAAAUAAUUACUGGGAUAAGUUUGUGAAAAGGAAGGUGAUGGAUAAGUACGGGGAGUUCUACGGCCAUGACCGCAUCAGUGAGCUGCUGGGGAUGGACAAGGCUGCCCUGGACUUCAGCGUCGCCCACGAGAAGAGGAAGCCCAAGAAAGACAGCUCGCUAGCUGCUGUGCUUAACUCCAUUGAUGUGAAGUACCAAAUCUGGAAACUCGGAGUGGUCUUCACUGAUAAUUCCUUCUUGUACCUAGCCUGGUACAUGACCAUGUCCAUUCUGGGUCACUACAACAACUUCUUCUUCGCUGCCCACCUGCUCGACAUCGCCAUGGGCUUUAAGACGCUACGCACAAUCCUGUCCUCUGUCACACACAACGGCAAACAGUUGGUGUUGACAGUAGGCCUUCUAGCUGUGGUUGUGUACCUCUACACGGUGGUAGCGUUCAAUUUCUUCCGUAAAUUCUACAACAAGAGUGAAGACGGAGAGUCACCCGACAUGAAGUGUGACGACAUGCUGACAUGCUACAUGUUCCAUAUGUAUGUGGGCGUGCGUGCUGGCGGGGGAAUCGGUGACCAAAUCGAAGAUCCGGCUGGCGACGAGUACGAAAUCUACCGGAUCAUCUUCGACAUCACCUUCUUUUUCUUUGUCAUUGUCAUCCUCUUGGCCAUCAUCCAGGGUCUGAUCAUCGACGCGUUCGGUGAGCUGAGAGAUCAGCAGGAGCAGGUGAAGGAAGACAUGGAGACCAAGUGCUUCAUCUGCGGGAUAGGGAACGACUACUUUGACACGGUACCUCACGGCUUCGAGACACACACAUUGCAGGAGCACAACCUGGCCAACUAUCUAUUUUUCGUGAUGUACCUCAUCAACAAAGACGAAACAGAGCACACAGGCCAGGAGUCUUACGUGUGGAAGAUGUACCAGGAGCGCUGUUGGGAGUUCUUCCCUGCUGGAGACUGCUUCCGGAAACAGUACGAAGACCAGCUCAACUGAAACCAGAGAGAUAACAGACUCUUUCUUACCUCUCCGUACGUCGCUCGAGGCCUCCCGUCGCCUUCCGACUUCCCACUUUGUUUGGAAUGCUUUUCAGACUCUGUACAUAUAUGAUAAUAACGCUACUGUCUACUGGUGUCCCUGUGGGGUGGGGGGGGGCAGAGCACAAGGCCAGUGCUGGAGAGGUGGGGACUAUGUGCAUUACUUUACAUUUGCUUUAAUAAUUCACAUUGACAAGCAAAAAAUUGGGAGGAGAGAUGUUUGGAAAGAAGAAAGGAAUUGAAGAAGACUGACAGGAUGGAGGAGGAAGGGGCUGGACGAGAAGGGGAAUUAAAGGAGAAGGCAGAAGGACAUUGACGAACAGCGAUGUUGAGCGAUGUCAGAUUUUGUAUCGGGGCUCCAUUCAGAGUUGGAGGAGGUUUGCAGUGUUAAUGCUUCUCUUCAGCCUCGGGAUUGAGCUAUGGACUCGACACAGUAGGAAUGAUGUAUACCUACGCACACUGUAUGUAGGCCUAUACGGUUUGCUGUGUGUGUGAAUGUGUGUGUGUGUGUUGGUAUGUGUGUGUGUACACAUGGAAGCCUGUGAAAGGCGGUCAAGGGCAGGCUGGCAGGGAGACGAGAGGGUAGAGAGGGGGGAAACAGUGCCUUACCAAGCCGGGGGGGGGGGUUGAGCUAUGCAAGCCACAGGGAGGAUACAUGCCAGGCUGCUCUUCACAUCAACCACUGAUGUGGAGGUCAGGCCACUAUUGAAUGACUGACCGGGUGUCUUUGUGAGCGUGAGUGAUGUGUGGACUGUGUGAGAUAGAGAGAGAAUGGGUGUGUGUAGUAGAGGUAGAUAAGGAAGUGUCAGAGAGAGUUUGGUAUAGAAACAUAAACAAAGUGAUUUGACGGACAGAAGACAGGGAGUAAGGGAAAGAGAGAGAUAAUAUGUGCCCUCCAGGACAAGGUAGGGUGUUCAUAUCAGGCUUAGACACCUCUCACCCCUUCUUUAGUUGUUUGUUUUUUUAUUUUGGUGAUGCUCUUAUGCAAUACAGCAACAGAGUAACUCUUUAUAUACAAGUUCUACAAAAAACUAUCUCAGAAAAAAUCAUAUGUUUUAUUGCAUGUUUAUUAUGCAAGUUUAAUGAAAAAGUUUAAGAACUCAAGUCGCAAGAUAAUCUAUGUCACACAAAAAUGUUUUCUAGUUUUAAGAUUAUUUAAGGUUAUCUCUAUACUAGUAUUCCAAGUGUUGUGGCCUACAUUGUAAAUCAACAACUCUUAUUAUGACGUCAUCGGCCAAGAAUGCAUCCAGAUAAAAUAUUUGAUCAUCUGCUUCUGCCAUUCCCGCCAGCGUUGGUUUUUCUAACAUUAAGUGACGAUUCUAUGACACAUUGAUUUUUGCUGAAGCAAUAUCCUUCCCUAUGAAGGCCAGCACCAUUGUCAAGUGACUUCAUACAAGCCUGCUUACUUCUGUCACCACAUCCAGAUGACAAUUAUUUGCAAAUAAAGUUAAGGAGUUUAACGAACAAGAGGUUUUGGUGUAAGUUUAGUAUUUACAUUUCUAAAUGGUCGAACACUGCAGCAUGUAUCCUAUGCUACUGACUGUAUGAGAUAGUGUUUCUGUAUAAGUAUAUUACAAUGGGUUCAAGUUACAUUUUUUUGUCCAACAUACCAUACUGCAUAGCCUCAUCCCCCAUACCAUCUAUGACACAAUAGCUUUCCUUCCUGUAUUGAAGAUAAAUAUAAUAAUGUGAAAGCAUUGCAAUAACAGUGAACUGGCAUCAGCGCUCUAAGACAAUAAGUGAUAUUUUACUCAUGUGGAGAAACUUGUUUACCAAACUCACAGCACCAUGACAACAAUUGAUUAAUGAAUUCUGUCACAAACUAGUUUACCCUGUGGAGCUGUAAGUAAAUGACUGUGUGAGAGAAAGAGAAAAAGUUGGAAAGCAGGACGUGGCUCUGAGACAAAUGGAUUUGCAUGAUUUUGAAAAAUAAAUGAUUAUUUAUUA